GAAAACGUUAUUCCAGCUUUGAUUCGGGAUCAAAUAUCCUCGUAACAAGAAUGUGAUCAGGUUUCCCAUAGCAUCAAUCUCCCCAAUUACCCUUGUUUCACACAAUGUCUGAAUGUUGUAUUACUUUUCCUGGACCAGUUUCGCGAUCAACGAUUUGCCAUUUAGUCAUUGAUUAUUUAAAAUAUGUCUUAUAUUACCGUGGACAAUUUCCUUUACCACUUGAACAGAUGAAGCAAUCACUUGGUAGAAAUAGCAACUCUCAUAAUCCCCAAUCUUCGAUUAGCCAUCAGAUCUACAAUGAUGAUCCUGAUGAGAGAAAAAAUUCUCAAUCGUUUCUGCCACUCAAGAUCAGCUCAAAGGACAUGAGAAAAAAGCAGUUGUUUGUGGAAACAGUUAUUACAUUUGAUAAAUUUUUCGACAAUCUUUCGAGAACUCUGCAAAAUGAAAAUGUCCUUGAGGUGGUUUUGAACUUGGGAGCAAAUAUGAUGCGUCCAAAGGAGCUGUACCGUGUAACAUUGCCACUCAAAUGUUCCAACCCUGAGUGCAAGCAAGAUUAUGCAUCUCUGCAGCGCUGCAGGAUCCAUUUCUUCAAGGACAUCUUGCAGAGCUCUUUGUGGGAAGAUUUGACUGCAGAUUCUACUCUGCCAAUUUCUAUUCUGUUGUUGUUGGGCCCCGGAGUUUCGCUCUCAGAAUAUAUGGAACAGAAAUGCUUUUAUGCUGUGCCUAAACAUUGCAAGCAGAGGACUAUUCGUUUUCCGUGUAGUACUUGUGGCCAUUGUAGCGAAUCACUGUCUGAAGAUGGAAGAAUGGUUGAUUCAUUGGUGGACAGCAAAGAUUCGACCCUAAGAACUCGAGGUACCGGGCUUUGGGUUAAAAUGAAAUCUAAUUUGCGAGGCUUUAAACACAUAGAAGAAGUUAAUCAAUAAUUAUUAAACAAUUUGCCUUGAUUUUAGUAUCAGUUAUAUCCUAUUUUACACUUAGCAUUGAAAUCAUCAUUAUUCUUUUUAUGACAAUUUAAUUUAGUACAAAAUUAAAAUUAUUGUUAAUUAGUUUAAAAAUUGCACUGAAAUGAUUAAUUCAAAUGGGAAUACAUUUUUUAUACUUUUUUUACUUCUAA